ACCGCCCACUUCCCACUACGUGCCCCCUUAUCCACACAACACAUUGAUUCUUCUACAUCCACCUGAUGCUGUCCCUUCUCUUCUUCUCUAUCAGGGCAGCAUCAACCCCCUCUUCUCUGUCGGUGAGGAACUCCACUAGAGAUUGCGUUUUGGAGCUCCCUCUACUGUCGCUCGAUCUGGCCUCCCCCGCUCAGUUGUUGCCCCAUGCUCCGGAUCAUGCCACAGCAGGCCUCGCCCUGACCAACAGGCUCGGAUCCAUCCCUUCCCUCCUCCUGGCCUCCACAUGCGUAGACUGUGGCGCCAGAUCAAGGGAGCCUGCCAAUGGAGGUCGCCGCCUCUCCGUCUCGAUCGGUCCGCCGCCGGAUCCACCAUGCUGUGCCAUGGGAUGGGCGCCUUGCAGCUAGCUCCUCUGCCGUCGCCUGAUCUGCCUGCCCCCGCCCGUGCUCCAGAUUCGGCUAACAGCCUCGCCUCUGACCCGAUUCAGACAUGCACCCACAGCCUCACUCCGCCACCUGCGCCCCAGCUUGCGAGGAGGCCAGGCCGCGCCUCGUCUAGCUGCGGCCUACCUGUUGUGUCAGUCAGCCCAGCCGCCUCGACCCGGCCUUCUCCGCCCCCAGCUCCAGGCCUCAAACAACUCCCACUUUUUGGAAAUCGCGGGUCCUCCGUCGAGCGAGGGGUGCCGGUGGUGGUGGUGUUCGCUCGGUGGACUUUGUUCCAUUUUCUUCGCUCCUUCACGCUUUGUCUAUUCCUUCUGUUCCCUUUCUCUGCUUGUUUUGAUUUCUAAUGUGGCUUGCUGGUUCUCAUGGCAACUCUCGUACACAUAUAGAUUGGUGAGAAUAUAUGUAUAUCAGCGAGGCGGGACAAUUUAAUUGAAGAACAAACUAUGUACAAAGCUCGUUGUAUCUGAAUUUAGCCACCUAAAAAGGACAGCGGGUUGAAUAA